AUGUCUGAGAAUGGGGGGCCUUCCCAGAAUCAGGGCCCUACGCGUCGUGCGCGGGCGCCUACAAUCACAAUUGACACCUCUGCGGUGAGCCCGGUGACUCCAACGGAUCAGAACUUCCAGCAGAGCUCGCCAACAGGCCAGGCAGGCCAGACCGGCACCCCGUCACUGUCGCGCGACAACUCAGACACUACCGUACAUUCGGGCAUUUCGCCCACCGACGCACGAUCAACAACAUCAUCCGAAUGGUAUCGAGAAAGUAGACCGACCUCCCCACAUAAUGUCUCUUCUCCGACUUCAAGAUUGAACAGUGAAAGUCAUUCGAACUUUCUCGCAGUUCCCGGCGCCAGAUCUCGGGGCAAUUCCAUAGAGUCCGAGAACGGAAGUAACACCGACUACUCAUUCGGCGGUGAUACUUAUGUGCAGUCUAGUCCGUCGCAUACUGAACGCAUGUCGCAAGACUUCAGUCGCGGGAACACCUUAUUCUUGAAUGACGAGGAAGCUUUGCGACCAGAUCCGGGGACUGAGGAGGAUUUCGAAGUUGAGGAUAAUAAGUUUGCAUUCUCACCCGGUCAGCUGAAAAAAUUCUUCAAUCCGAAGAGUCUUGGUGCACUUCACGCCGUGGGAGGUAUGAAAGGUUUGGAGAAAGGGUUAAGGUCAGAUCGAAACUCUGGCUUAAGCAUCGACGAAACCUAUCUGGAUGGCACCGUUACCUUUGACGAUGCCGUGCAUGCUACGAACGGAAAUCACCAACCGAAAUCAGUCAGCCGGACAGACACCCACCGGACGCAAUCGAGCCGAUAUUCUCAGUCUCAAGAGGCAUAUGCAGAUCGAAAGCGAAUUUUUGGAGAGAACAAACUUCCUGAAAAGAAAGUCAAGACAAUCUGGGAGCUUGCGUGGAUUGCUUAUAACGAUAAAGUGCUUAUUUUGCUUUCAAUUGCUGCAGUCAUUUCGCUGGCGCUUGGAAUUUAUCAAUCUGUUACAGCUACCGAUGGCGAGGCUCGGGUGCAAUGGGUUGAAGGUGUCGCAAUCAUAAUCGCCAUCCUUAUCGUGGUUACAGUCGGAGCAGUGAACGAUUAUCAAAAGGAACUGCAAUUCGUCAAACUCAACAAGAAAAAGGAGGACCGCCAGGUCAAGGGUAUCCGAUCCGGCAAGACGGUCGAAAUCUCCGUUCAUGAUAUUCUAGUCGGCGAUGUCAUCUUACUGGAGCCUGGUGAUUUGGUCCCCGUUGAUGGUGUUCUGAUUGAAGGGCACAAUAUCAAGUGCGACGAGUCUUCUACUACUGGUGAAUCGGAUGUUUUGCGCAAGCACUCUGCGGACGACGUAUAUCGAGCCAUCGAGAACCACGAAUCCUUGAAUAAACUGGAUCCGUUCAUCCUUUCCGGAGCCAAGGUGACUGAGGGUGUGGGCAGAUUUAUGGUCACAGCCGUCGGUGUUCAUUCAGUGUAUGGAAAGACCUUGAUGUCUCUUCAGGAUGAGGGCCAAACCACACCCCUGCAAUCCAAGCUCAAUGUGCUCGCUGAAUAUAUUGCUAAACUCGGUCUUGCCGCUGGUCUUUUACUUUUCGUCGUCCUAUUCAUCAAAUUCUGCGUCCAGUUGAAUUCUUUGGGUAGUCCCGGAGAGAAGGGUCAGGCUUUCUUGCAAAUUUUCAUUGUCGCCGUCACGGUUAUCGUCGUUGCUGUCCCUGAAGGGCUGCCGCUCGCUGUCACCUUGGCUCUUGCUUUCGCCACUACUAGGAUGCUCAAGGACAACAACCUGGUCAGAUUACUGCGUGCAUGUGAAACAAUGGGUAACGCUACUACCAUUUGCUCUGAUAAGACCGGUACUUUGACCCAGAACGUGAUGAAGAUUGUUGCAGGAUGCCUGGGAGCGUCGAAUCGCUUCUUUGACAAUCAGAAGAACGGAUCAUCACAGUCCGAUGAGAACACAGGUUCUGACGCAGGAGAAGUUUCUCCUUCCACUUUGGUUUCUGGUCUGUCUUCUGAUGUCAAAGAACUCCUGUUGGAUUCCAUCGUCCUAAACUCGACAGCUUUUGAGUCUCAGGAGGAUGACGGACGAGUGACUUAUAUCGGCUCAAAAACUGAAACGGCUUUGCUAACUUUUGCGAGAGAAUAUCUUGGUCUUGGAAGCGUCAGUGAAGGACGUUCUAAUGCUGAUAUGGUUCAAAUCGUUCCUUUUGACUCCGGUCGCAAGUGUAUGGCUGUCGUCGUCAAACGAAAGGAAGGCCAGUACCGCAUGUUUGUCAAAGGAGCCUCGGAAAUUCUUCUCGGAAAAUCCACUCGGGUGUUAAACAAGAUUGAAAGUGGGUUGAGCAGUGUCCCAAUUAGUGAUGAUGCUCGUACCGGUCUUCUCAACAUUGCCAACACAUACGCCUCACGGUCUCUGAGAGCUAUCAGCUUGCUUUAUCGCGACUUUGAACAAUGGCCACCUCGUGGAGCUCCUACGCAAGAGGAUGACCGAAACCUGGCUGUCUUUGACGCUGUCUUCUUAGAUAUGACGUUAAUAGGUGUCGUGGGUAUCCAAGAUCCUCUACGGCCGGGCGUCACCGAGUCUGUCCAGCAAUGCCAACGUGCAGGUAUCUUUGUCCGAAUGGUCACUGGUGAUAAUAUCAACACUGCCAAAGCCAUCGCUCAGGAAUGUGAUAUCUACACGGCCGGCGGUGUCGCUAUGGAGGGUCCCAAGUUCAGGAAUCUAAGCACAAAGAAAAUGAACCAAAUUAUUCCUCGUCUACAAGUUUUAGCACGGUCCAGUCCUGAAGACAAGAAGAUUCUUGUGGAAGCACUUAAACGACUAGGUGAAACUGUUGCUGUGACUGGUGAUGGUAGCAAUGAUGCUGCUGCCUUGAAGACGGCUGAUGUCGGUUUUGCUAUGGGUAUCUCGGGAACUGAAGUCGCAAAAGAGGCGUCUGACAUUAUUCUCAUGGACGAUAAUUUCACUUCUAUUGUGAAGGCCAUGUCGUGGGGUCGCACUGUUAAUGACGCUGUCAAGAAAUUCUUGCAGUUCCAAAUUACUGUCAACAUCACUGCCGUCAUUCUUACCUUUGUGUCAGCGGUUGCCAGCGGUGACGAGAAUUCCGUCUUGACUGCGGUUCAGUUGCUUUGGGUCAAUUUGAUUAUGGAUACUUUUGCGGCCCUUGCACUAGCUACUGAUCCACCAGCUGCGUCCGUUCUUGAGCGUCGUCCGGAACCGAAAUCCGCUCCCUUGAUCACUGCCACCAUGUGGAAGAUGGUGAUUGGACAGGCUAUCUAUCAACUGGUCAUUACACUGAUAUUGAACUUUGCUGGAGUAAGCAUCUUGCGGAGCAUGAACGUGUUCACCAAUCUGGAUGAUCCCAGCAAAGAGCUCAAGACGGUCGUUUUCAAUACAUUUGUCUGGAUGCAAAUCUUCAACCAGUAUAAUUGUCGUCGUUUGGAUAAUCACUUCAACAUUUUCGAGGGAAUGUUCCGCAACUAUUGGUUUUUGGGAAUUCAACUGAUCAUUAUCGGUGGACAAGUGUUGAUUAUUUUCGUUGGAGGCCAAGCUUUCGCCAUCACACGGCUGAAUGGUCCUGAGUGGGGAGUUUCACUUGUUCUUGGCGUGAUAUCUAUCCCAAUGGCCGUUGUAAUCCGACUGAUACCUGAUGAGUUUGUUCGGCGACUUAUCCCAACGUUCUGGAAACGCAAGAAGAAUCGGGGACCUCAAGUGUUGGUGUCAGAUGAAGAGCGUCGAUAUGAGUGGAAUCCUGCACUGGAAGAGAUUCGGGACCAGCUGACAUUCUUGAAGACGGUUCGUGGUGGACGUCUGAAGAAUAUCAAACACAAAUUGCAGCACCCUGAAACUCUCCUCCCUCGAUCACGUAGCGGAUCACGUUCUCGCGAAGAAUCAAUCUUUGCUGGAUCGAACAAUGGAGACGCCGAGCCAUCGUCCCCUCCCCCCGCCACUCCAGAGUCACGUUCUCGAAACCGCACUCCACGGUCUCGGUCAAACUCGGCAUUUGGACCGGCUGCUGCGAUGGCUGGAGUUAUUGCGGGAAGUAUUGCGGGCUGGUCGCCUGUAGAACGUAACCCAGGCGAACAAGACUCGUGGCACUUGUCAAGCAGCAGCCCACAUUCGGGCCUGGACAAACAGCAGGGUAUUGAUAUUCACCCGCAAACUGCCGACGACGAUCCGAUUAUUGUGAACAACUACGAUCUUCUAUCGUCUUCAACUCCACCAAGUCAGAAUCCUGAUUUAAUCCCGGUGUUUGAACAUGCGCCUCCAGACCGCGUGCCGAGUCGUGGACGACGCUCUACUUCGAGACGGUCGCGGUCGAACACGAUGACUACAUUCGGUAGUCGGCGAUCUACCUCUCAUUCCCAGGCGCCGCUGCAAUAAAUCUGGCUGUUGUGAGGUUAACACAUCAGCCGGAUAUUUAAGAAAAUAUCCAAUCUUGAUUGGCAUGAAUAAUCAUCUCUUUUCGAUAUUCCGCAUCUUUCUUUUCUUUUUGUCAGGAGUUGGGUAUUAUCUUUUUGGGUGAAUUGCCUAACGGCUAUUAAUUUUUCUAAUAGACAUGGGUGGCUCGGUGUUCAGAUCUUUCUCUCCCCUGAAAAGCAUACUACUAGAUUUGUCAACUUGUCGAACAGUCGUCAGGUUGGUCUUUCGGUUUCCUGCCAAAUGGACGAACAAACAUAGCAUACGGAGUUAUUGAGUGCUUAUCCCUUGAAGUUGAUCUGGUUUAUUUUGCUGAAAGUGCGAUAUUAUUAUUCUUACAUUCACUUGUACAUGUUGAGACUAUUUUUAUUUAUUAUUGUUGUUGUCAUUAUACCUCGACAUUCUCUAGGGUAUAGAGAUAUGCAUUCGUUUAGACAGGG